CACACCCCCCUUCAUGAGAUGUGGUUAUAAUUCCAGCCUAGAGCGCGGGCUUUCCUCGUGGGACGUCGGCGAAAGGUCGCGCGCUGCACUGUAGCCCAACUGCAUACGUGGAGUGUGUCUGAAAGUGUAGCCCGAUCAGCUCUCGCCUCCCAAACGGCGUCGCUGCGGCGUCUUGUGACCAGACCUGCAACAGGGAUAGUCCACUCAACCUGAGCACUGUUCCGGGAGCGAGAGGCACACACUUUCAUCACCCUCAGUGUCUCCACACCGCAGAAAGGUAGUCUAGUCAGAGUUGUGCGUUGAUUAUCGAGACGGUUUCAUACAGUUUCGGCACGCACCAGAUUAGCCGCGGUAUAUGGUUGGGAAUUGGAAAUAGCUCCCGGCGCACGAGCGCAGAUCUGUGUGUGGAGCGGUUCCGUUUCACGCCACUGAGAAACGGGGAUUAAGAGCGACAGGGAACGUGUCAGCAGCACGGACAGAACAUCCCAUCCUCAUCCCCAGACUCCUGCCUGCCGCCAGCCCCUAGCAGCACCAGCCUCACAGCCUCCCGGCCCCCAUGGCACUUGGCACUGAUUCCCACCACAAGGACAGAUGGUGCCAACCCUGACCCCUCUCCUCGCCCAUGGGGGACCACACCGCCACAGAGAGACCGCCCAUUGACAGGAACAGGAAGAGGGAGCUCCGUCGCCACGGCAACUCCUAGCCCCACAUCCUCUCCAAGGGCCUCAGAUAAACACAUUCACACAGCAGGACCUCGGUGAGGUCCCUGUUUUGUUUGUCUCCGGCUAAUUUGUGCCUUUGAGAUUUCACCACCAUCAGACUUCUUCUUUAGGCGUUCCAUUCCAUGCCUGUUUAGACUGUAUGAGAAUGUGCUCAUGGACCAGGACCAGUGCAGGAGUACGACAUUAGUUUGCUGAAAGCCAGUGAAACUUCAUCCUGUCUGGGACUUCUCCUCUUUCCCUCCUGGCUGGCCUGGCCUCUCAGGCCUGGAUGAAUUAUUAAACGGACUCCACAGCCAAGCUCAGGCUCAGUGCUGCUGGGAGCUCUAUAGGCCUCUUUAAACCCUUGCUGAUUGAAGGGAUCGGAGUCACGGGGUCAUAGGUCAAACGACACUGCAAAGAGAAAAGAGGUAGAAGCAGUUUCUGCCGUUUAACUGCAGAUCAAAGCAAAACCUCCAACUCUCUGGCUCCCUUGACUCUCUUCUCCUCCAGACAGAAGUCAAACAACACACAAUUCUGUUUAUUCUUUACUGGACAUUAUUAUUAUAUUGAACCCAUUAAUACUUGAUCUAGACUGAUUACCAUAUAAUGGCCGACUCCUAUAUUAAAAAAAUAAAAAAGGGAAUAGCACUUCAACAUAAAAUUAGACACUAAUGGCUUGGUGGGAUGAAUUCAGCAGGGCCAAAUAACAGAGGAGGGAAUAUGGUGUCCCUAAAGCAUAGCAGGUAAUUGGAGAAAAGCACAGCUUCUCUGUCGAGCCGACCGACAGACUGACCUUCAGGCUGAAAACUCGGAACCAAAAAGGCAUGAACUGACUGAUUUUUCAAGGCUUACGGUUAUCUCUGGGAUUUCAUCAUCAUUAUCACAGAGAACAUUUGCAUAACUGAAAUAUGCUGCACUGCACACAACUACCAUCAACAUUGUUGGGUGCAGACGUUUGGGAGAAGCCAUUGUCUGCACCUGUCUGCUAGACAAUACGGAAGAGAGACUACAGUAGAGCGCAGGGAGAGAACAGAGGAGCAGAUGAUAAAGGUAUCUAUCAGGCUCCAUCCUGGUCCCAUAGCUCUGAGGGUUCAGUGACGGGCUGUCCUCUCAGGCUGCAGUGGAUUACAUGAGGGAACCUGUGAUCCACAAAUAAUACCUGUAAUCCAGUGAGAAGGAACUGUGAUCCGGAGAGAGGCCCAGUGAUCGAUCCACCAAGGGCUGCUGUGAUUCACUGAGGACUGAGAGUUUCAGAGAGAAGGAACUAUGACCCGGCACUGAGCGUACCAGUGGUCCAGGUUGUGUUCUGCCGUGCCGAGCGUGGCCGUCAGGCUGGGAGAAUCAGGAUGCCAGAGCUGGAGGACUUCCCCCCGAUGCGGGAUGACCAGCCGGCUGGUCCUGACCCGGACCAGAUCCAGCGCAGCAUACUGGACGAGCAGGUAGAGCUGUGGUGGUUCCGCGACCCGGCCAAGUCUCUGCUGUGCUACGCCGUCGCCGUCCUACUCAUCCUGGGCUGCGGCCUGGGAGGCAUACUCCUCCUCUCCACCACGACCAGCUUCUCUAGUGACUGGCGCAUGGGAGCGGGCAUGGCUCUGUGUCUCUUAGCCCUGGCCGUCCUCCUCAAACAGCUCCUGAGCUCCGCCGUGCAGGACAUGAACUGCGUCCGCAGCCGGAGGCGGAUCGAUAUCCUGAAGAGCGGAGGGCUGUCGGAUCUGCUAGUGGUUCUCAUCACAGGGCUGUGUCUGGUGGUCUGUGGGGCCGUACUGCUGAAGCUGGCACUAGGACACCACAUGCCCAAGCCCGGCGUAGCCCUUAAUGAUAUGUACAUCUCUGGGGUGGUGUUGUUAGCUGGAGGAGGGUCAGCGGUGGUGGGGGUGGGAGUGUACACGGGGGUGGUGUUCCUGUUGGAGAGGACGUGGCCGGGACAGAGGUUCAGGGAUAGGGCCAUGGGGGUGUUCACUAUCUCUGGACGACACAUGGACCAGGGUAGGAGGGAGACCACCUCUAGCUUGGCUAACCUCAUCUGACCUGACCACCAGAGACAUGGCAUGGGAUAGGUAGCCCGAAACAGCAGAUGACCGCAACACUCAUAUGGCCCAGAUCUUAUCCAUAUAUGGGCACCGGGGAGGGUUGGAAUUUAUUGGUCCGCUCUGGCUUGAGAUAGGUGGACUUAGUUGCUGGGCCCCAUUUGAUGUGAACGUGGGCCACAUCCACCUUGCUGUCUGGGAGGGACCAAUGGACAUCACAUGUGAAGAUGGAAUUUGAGCAAACUGGCUGCCUUUGGAGCAACUAAGUAUCAAUUCAAUUUUGCAGGUCCAUGAAUUGCAAUAUGGGAUAGAGAGCUGUGUCUACACAACGUGCUAUUUUAAUUAUUCAAGCAUUGGCCAUCCUUAGAUAAUUACUUAUGAGAUGGAACCCCAGCAGAGCACUACUCUCUAUAAUGUGAAAUAAACAGAAUGACAGUGACACAGACACUGGUCCCGGACACAGAACAAAGAUUAAGAUUCAUAAUGUGUCUAAUCUAAUAGUAUCAUCCACUACAAAGCAGUUGGUGAAAAAGCUGCUGUAUGGAAUAAUCAUAUCAUAGAAUAAUGUAAACAGGUUACUGUACGAAGUGAUUUCCUGAUAAAUGUCACAUUUUGUCACCUUUUUAUGUCACAGGUUUACAGCUGUGUUGGGUAGUUAAAGGCCUUGCAACUCUACGAAGAAUCUGAGGAGAAUGCCAUUGUCGCCUGGUUGAAUGGUACAAUAUGGUUUAAUUGAACAAAGCAUCUGUGUGUUUGCGGGUGUGUCUGGCCCUCGCAACUCCUUAUCAGGCAGUACAUGUGAGCUGCCUGUCGCCCAGAGACAAUAGGGGUCACUGAGGCGGCCAUUGUUGUUGUACCGACAGCCGGCCAGGCCAAUGGACAAUGGGCAGGCUGUGGAUCGUAAGGGGUUGGCGUCGCCCAGUACGGCUUUCCCUUACCACCCUCUAACACACACACACACACAUACACACACACACAGCAGUGGCGGCAGCGACUGUGGCUGUAAUCCCUCAUUGACAAGGGACUGUUCUCUGACCUGAAGUCUCUCUCUGUCUCUGCUGUGCAAUGCUAUGCAAUGCUAUGCAGGACAUGCUCUUUAGGUGGUGGUGCCAAGUAGGUUUGUGCAUUCACGACAGAGAGUUUGAGAGACGACCGCCAUGAAACAGUGAUGGGAGAGGAAGUGAGAAAGAGAAAACAGUACAAUAUAGCGACACAAGAGAAACCAGACGAGAAAGAGAGACCGAGCUAAACCCUCAGGUGCAGUCCACCUUUUAGGCCAUAGGGGGUUCAUACUCACAAACGUGUGCUUAAACUGGCAGUUUAGACCUUAGACAUUUUAAACCUAUCUGCUAGCUUUUCUCAUAGGCAAACCUGGCACAAUUGGCCAUCUGGCUACCAUGAGUCAUUUGUAUAGUGAACAAAAAUAUAAAACGCAACAUGUAAAGUGAAAUAAAAAUAAAAGAUGACCCCAAAUUUCCAUACACAUAGAAAGCUUAUUUCUCUCAAAGUUUGUGCACAAAUUUGUUUACAUCCCUGUUAGUGACCAUUUCUCCAGGUGAGGCA